AUGUCUUUGUUUCUGUUACUCCUGUUUCCCUUCACAGUCACAGGACAAGAUUUCUAUGUCAGAGAUGGAGCUGAAGUCACUCUGCCUUGUGGCAGUUUGAUACCCAGUCAGGAUAAAUGUCAGUAUACCACCUGGAUCGUUCAUCAUGUCAACAAGAUCUCAGCAGAAGAGCUGGUUGCCCAUGGGAAGAUUUCACCAGAUGAGUUUGCCCAAGCUAACGCAGCCAGACUGAGUGUUACAGCGGACUGUUCUCUGGUUAUAAAGAAAGUCACAGCUGAGGAUGUUGGUCGUUACUUCUGUCAACAGUUUGUAUCAGGACAACAACAAGGUUCAGAUGCUGAGGUUUAUCUGUCUCUUAUACAGAUGACUGAACAGCAGCAGAACCAUCAGCUGAAGUUGCAGUGCUCUGUCUCCACAUAUGAACAGUGUAGACAGACGGUGACGUGGCUGUGUGGGGAGGAAAGGUUGGAUCAAAGUUCCAGUGACAUUCAAAUAUCAGUGUCUCCCUGCAACACCACUGUGACCCUUCAGAAGAAUCACUGUGACAAAGAGAGACUGAAGUGUCAAGUUUCUGAUGGCACAGGAAAAGUGCAGACAUUUGACUUCACCCCUCUGUCCUCAGGAGGAACAACUACAACGUUAGCCUCAACAGCUCCAUUCAUCGCAGUGGGUGUGGUUUCAGCAGCUCUUUUAAUAACUGUGGCUGUGCUCAUCGUAUACUGUAAGAGAGCUAAAGGGAACAAAACAGCAACAGAAGACAACGUGGGUCUGACAUUAAUCAGUGAUGCUGAAGGAGGAGUGAAGCAGUCUGGACCAGCAGGCAGUCAGGACAAGGCUGAUCCAGACACUCUCACCUACGCCUCCAUCGUUCACUCUGAGAAGAAGGACAAGAAAGCCAGAAAAGCAAAGGUCCAGUGUACUGAUGAUGGUGACGAUGCGGUGACCUAUGCCACCGUGAGACCGUCCUCUGCCUCUGCUGUAGCCUCCACUGAUCUCAACCUCUACGCCACCGUCAACAAGCCCGCUAAAUAA